ACCGUUCCGUUUGAAAUGGCGCUAAAGCUGCAGUGGAAUGCAAUCCCAGGCCUGAGGUCUCAGGCCUCAGCUGUCAGCCGUCGGUCCUGCUGCCCUGUCCAGGUCGUCCAGGUCGGCCGGCGCAACAUCUGCUGCCGCUCUGCACCAGGCGACAGCCAGCCGGCCACGGCCGCGAGCAGCAGUGGUGACGAGAUUGCUGCCCUGAAGAAGCAGCUCGCCAAGAUGGAAGAGGAGAUCAGCAAGUGGAAGAAGUAUAACGAGGAGGAGUCCAAAAGGCAGAAGGAGAGCGACGACAGAUAUAAGCAGGCGGUUAUUAUCUUCCUGCUUAUCCUUGCCCUGUACCUACUUCUCAUGGCUGGGUACGCGUACUCCAUACGCGUGAUGGCCCUGGGCGCCACUGGCCGGCUCUGAUCUAGCUGCCCGUACUCAGCGCCGACGCUUUCUUCUGGUUGGUGAUUACGGCGGGGCUGGGUGUCGGCUCUGGCGGCACCAUCGUGCAAUAUAUGGUGACAACCAUGGGCCUCGCGCCUGGCUUCGCCCAUGGUGGUCACCAUCAUUUGCACGAUGGUGCCGCCAGAGAUGACACCCAGGCCCGCCGUAAUCACCAACCAGAAGAAUGCAUCGGCGCUGAGAACGUGCAGCUGGAUCAGAUCUGGCCACGGCGGAGGUGUGGGUUGAUGGAGUUGGAUUGUGGCAAGUAAGGGCUGUCUGGGUACUUUCAUGCCUUGACGCUGCAAACUGAAUGUUGGGGGCUGGGAAUACGCUGCAUGCUAUGGGCAUACAUUGACAUACCCCUGCCGCCACACGGGGGAGGCACCCGAGACGAAGAAGACAAAUACUUAAGCCAAGUGAUAAGUGUGGACAAUGUAUAAAUGUAACGUGCAGACCUUGCUCAAGUCAAAUUGUCACAGCUCAGGGUUGUGGAGAUGUAUGGUGCGGGGCGGGGGAUGGACAGGGGCGGGGCGAAUACAGUGUGUUGUUGGUGCCAGGGUGGAUGAGUGGUGCGUGGGAGGGAUGAGGGUGAGGACGACCACCAUCCCAUGUACCGUAUGGGCAUCCGUCAGUGGUGUACCGUAUCGUAUGUAGCACUUCGCGCGGGUCAUUGGAGGCACGUCAGGGGAGGGUGUACUGCGGUAGGCCAGAGGAUAAAGGCACGAGGGGUGGCACCCCUGAUUAG